CAUUUUGAGCCACUUCGCAGGCCCCUUGAAGCACGGCCAUGGAUAGAGCGAUUGGAAACCUGCCACCCGGAGUUGUAGGGGGCUCCGUGUAUGAUAGGGUAGCCCCUCUCCCUCAUGGCCCCCCUACCUUGGCGCCACCCCCUUUUUCAAGCGAGGGUCUUGGCCCUAUUGUGCGCUUACCAAAUGGACUAUUUGGCUUUGACCACCUUGCGCUCUCGUACCCAAGAGUUGAACCACCCCCAUGGGAGCGAGAGUCCUCUGAUUGGGGGCUGCCGGAUCGGGGGCUGCCGAAUGUUAGGGGGUCUCUUUCACGAGAGCGUGGUCCGUUCCCUUUUGAGGGAGGCAGAGGCGACGGUCAAAUGUGGGAGCGCGACUCCAGGCAUGCCUGGGUCGACGGCAGGGGUCGGAGCAUGGAGAGGAGUCCAAGAGACUGGGGAAGUGGGCGUCGAGGGGGUCACUUGGUGGUUGCUGGGCGGCAACGGAGUGCGGAAAAGAAUCCUCGUUCUCCAGGGUACGGCAGCGAAAGGCAGCUGCGAGAGUCGGCUAGCGGAGCAGAGGGGAGAACGGGAGUGCAAGAGGGGGGCCAAAGGAAAGAGAGCGCCGACCGGGCAUCGGGGGAGUUGGGAGAUGGUCGGAAGGUGCGGGCCUUGAAGCGGCGGAGAAGCGAAUCGCCAAGAGAGAGAAGGCGGGACAAGGAACGAGACGAAGCGAGCGGGAGAAGGGGGCAAGAGAGGCGGGUUGAGGUUUCGUCCUCGACACCGCGGAGUAAGUCACCCCGAAAGGAUAAGGCGUGGGAGAGAGGAAGCUGGAAGGGCAGGGAUCGGAACUCGAGAAGCCUCACAGAAACAGAGGAGAGGGAGGGGAUGCGCAGCGGGGCGGAGAGCGUACAAACUUUAAGAGAUGUGCCAGAGGCAAGUGAGCAGCGGGGGCGAGGCGAUGUUGGAAGCCGAGGCAAGAGUAAGGGUCAGGCUAAGUAUGGAAAGGACGAGGUCAUCAGAGGGGAAGGCAGAUCGGGUACGAGGCGAGAGGCUCGGAGAGAAAGCGACGAGAAAAAAGUUGACCGGUUGAGUCUACAGAUUGAUGAGAAGGUUGGGCCUGCUGGGGAGCUCAGGAAGAAGGGCCUGACGCUAGUGGAGGCUAUUGAGCGCGAACGACUGAAGAAAACUUCGGUCAUACAGGAGCCGGGUCACGACAAUGAGAGGACGCCACCGGAUGGUGGUUCGUUUUCAAGUAGGGAGAGACAGGAAAGCGGCGGAGAGCAACAAAGGUUUGGAGCGGUGGCUAGCGAGUCCGGGUCAGGGGUUGUCCACUUGGGGUCGCUGUCCGACUUGCAAGAGCAACGAAAGCCGCCAGUGCUGACGCUGUUCGGUCAAAUAAUGGAAACUGGUUCCCCAAGGCAAGAGUUGAACCUUCUGGAAAAGCUUGGGGCAGAGCCUACCGAGGAGCACACUGGGUGCCCUCCUUCCUUGGCCCAAACCUCGCCCUGUUCUCAUGUAGUUACGAAGGCAGGGUCGCCGAAGCAGGAGGACGAGCCAAUCAUGGCUGCUACCGAGAGAAGUGCAUUCCCUGAUGAGCCAAGGCCCCCCGGAAAUGCUGAAAGGUUUGAGGCGCUCUUUCGACCAGCAACACAAAACGUACCCCUUUCCAGCUUUCUCAGCCUCAAGCAGCCCCCCCUGAGCAGCCCGAAACAGCCCUGGGAGAUAGCAGAUAAAGAAACGCAGACAAGCCCCGCGGACUUUGCGCCCCCCUCGGUGGCAAAGCAGCUGUACGCUUUACAAGCGCACCCCCUAUACUGGCUCUGUUUCGAGGAGAUGCCUGCGAAGGAUCUCAAGCGGGCCGAUUGGGCGGCUAACUUCCAGCUUGGGUGGGGCGGCGUAGAGUCCGGCAAGGCUGGCACGAGAGAUGGGGAGAGAAGUGGCUCGGACUUGGGGGGCGUGGUUGCAGAACGGGCGAGCCUGGACCAACAUGAGCCUCCGGCUUCGUGGAGAAUCGAAAAGGGCGAGCCAAGAGCGGGGGUGGAUGCGGAUGGGUUUGAGAGCGACCAAAAGAAAGCGCUGGGGAGCGCCAACAAGGAGGGUCUUGGCAGGGCCGUAGAGGAAUGUGGCCAAAAGAGUAUCGGCUUACAGAGCUGUGGGGGGGUGAAGCGGGGCGUGGAGUGGCUAGAGAUCGACCAGAACCAGGCCUUCGCUCAACCGAAGAAGGUGGCACGGGUAGCUGGAGACGCUAGCGGUGACAGGUGGCCGAAGGGGGACGUGCAAGCUGGCACGUUGUCAGCUGAGUAUCACAGGGUAGGCCGGGAGUCAAGCCUUCCGGUUUGGGGGGGCAGCCAAGGCAAGGCUGGGGAGGUCGAGGCAAGUAGGCGGGAAGAGGAAGAGGCAAGUGCGAGCAGGUUCCGAGUCCCAGCGGAUCUUGUAGAAAAGACUGUAUGUGUACAUAAGCAACUUGUGGAGAUAAAACAGGACGAAGCUUUGAAGCCUAGGUCGCAAGGGGAAGCCUUGGGCAAAGGUGGUGCGGGGAGUGGGCUGGAAGAAAGUCGGGGGCACCAGGAUGACGAAGAUGUCCCACUGAAGAUGCUUAAGGCUCUGCGGGUUCAAAAGGCAGCGAAUGAGGUUAAGGCUGAGAGAGGUCCCGCCUCAGAAUGCAAGCAGGGAGAGAGCGCAACGGGCAUGCUGUUAGAAUCGACGGCCCGGAAAGGGCAGAAGAUUGUUAGCGGGACCGGGCUCGAUAGGGCCAUCGUCCACGCUCACCAACUGAAACCGCUCCCAGUCACCCACGACGUCUCGGCGCCGGUCGUUCAGGCCACUGGCAUCAUUGAGCAACCAGUGGCAAGUGGCCACGUGGCGGAGCCAUCCCCCAAGGCGGACGUGUGGGUUGAGGGUGUCGUCAUUCCGGAGUUACCGGGAGCGGAAGGGGCGAAGGGGGACGGGCGAAGCUGCGCGCUGUGCGGGGCGGGUCCCUCGCGGACGCGCGGCGAGUGGUACUGCGCCACCUGCGGUAGACGGGACGAGGCGUGCGCGUGCACCAGGCCGCUAAGAGCUCACGUCAAGUCGCGGAUGUUCGCCACCAAGUACUCAGGCGCCAAGGCCGUGGUGCAUCAGCUGUGCGCAUUUUGGACGCCCUCCGUGUACCAGCCCGGGGACGGCGAGGCGUUCGUGGGGCUCACCAAAGCGGUCAUCCACUCGACGGGCUCACCGAACAGCGGCGGAAAGAAGCGCUCGCCCGUGCGCUGCACGUACUGCAACCAAGUCGGCGCCACCUCUCGCUGCCGCGUCGAGUCGUCAUGUCACUCCGUGUACCACUACACAUGCGCGCUCGCGGCUGGCUGCCGCAUGCACGACGGUCUGGAGAACAGCGGCCUCUCGGUCGCAUGCCCCGACCACUUCCAUGUCAAUUGCCAAGUCAGAAGGGGCGAAAUUGCUCCCCCGAGGCAGCUUCCCUGGGCGGCGUCCCGAAGCGGCCCGAAGCGGCCGCAACCGGACACCAGUAAACGCUCGAAGAAAGCGGGAGGGACGAAACGCACGGUGGUGAAGCCCCCAGUGACGCUGCAAGCCCGCAAGAGUACGGUGCGCCACUUAGGGGGUCAGGCAGCUGUUCAUCAGACGGAAGGACGAAAGCACGUUUCGGAGGCUGAAGAGCGGGGUACGGAAAGUGGAGAGUGGGAGGGGUCGGAGAGGGGAUUCGGCGAGUCUCCUCAAAAGCGGAGCAGGGACAGUUCGGAGCCCCGCAGGCCGGCCUCUGAGCUCUCCCCUUCUUGCAGAGAGGUGUCAAGGAUCAAACCUGAGAAGCAGAGCCUAGGCGGCGGGAGUAACCGGGGGAGGAAAAGGGGCAACCGGGAGCUUAUGUCGAUCUUGGCUGACGUCCCGAAGCAGAAGAAGUUGCCUUCGAUUGAGGCGCAGUUGGAGAAGCAGAGGGACAUGCUGUUGAAACGACAGGACGUUGGUAAGAGCAAACGGGCGGCCAUUGUUGAGGAUGUCUCGCUGGACGCAGCGCUGUUGGCUUUGGUGAGCGAGCUGGCGCCGCAAGUGCACCGAGUGAUGAGGAGGCUGGUGGAGAGGGUGGUCGACGGGUCGGAGGGAAAGAGAAGGGUUGUGAACGGGGAACGAAACGGGCGCCUUGAGCGGGAAGUGGAAGGGGCGGGGCAACUUUUGGGGCCAACGGUAGGGUUCUCCAACCGAGGGUCGCCUGGAGGUUUGGGGCAAUUGGGCCGAGUAGUAGGGGCUGCCGAGGUUGCUCGCCUCCUUGGGGGAGUGUCAAAAGCUGGGGGAACUACAAGACAGGAAGCGCCUGGAAACGUGGAGUCGCCCGCUGCAGUGUUGUUAGCCGAGGCCCUGGCGGGUGAGUUAGAGCCUGGUUAUAGAGAACCCACGGUCGAGCCCGGCGAGGAGUCGGACGAAGGGACCGAGCUGGUGGACCCGCUUGGGCCGACGUAUGAUGACGUCAGCUCUGACGUCCAAACUGACGAGGUGACGGAAGUGGGAGAAAAGCAGCUCGCUGAAAUCUCGGGGGCUGUUGGGGACUUGGAGGCAGCCAAGAGGUCGGAGGAGGGGCCGAAAGCUCGAGGGAUAGAGGUGGACGGGACUGGUAGCGCAUACGACGUCACUGCAGCUGACCCGUGCGGCCAGGCCCGGGAAUGGACGGAAAACGGGCGCCAGGAGGCAGAUGAGGAGGCGUCGGAGUUUGCGUGUGCUGCAUGCGGGGGUGCGGGGGGACUCUCUGAAAUGAAGCGGCAUCCUGCGCUGCCGGCGGUGUUGUGCGAGGAGUGCGUGCAGUCGUUCAACUCCGCAAACUUCUCAGACAGGUGCAAGGCUGGCGUCGAGCGGCACUGCCAGCUGUGCGGGCGGCGCGAGAAGGUGCGGCCACGUUGCGACGGCUGCUGCAAGACGGUGUGCCAGCGCUGCCUUGCUCGGGUGCUGGGGCCAGAACAGCAGCGCGCAAUUGCGGACCUGGACGCCUGGCUCUGCUUCUCGUGCGACUUAGCCCAGCUGGAGGGAUCGAAGAGCGACAUGCGGAGGUUCGAACAAGCGAGGGUCAGACAGGAGGGGCGGGAAAAUACGGCCGGGCUGCAAAUGUCAAGAGCAGGAGCGGUGGGCGUCGGUCAAGGUGGCGUAGGCACGGCAAGCGGGGCUGAUUGGCGAGGGGAAGGGCAGAACUUCUUGGGGGCGGCAGAGGAAGGUACUUCGAGCGCGGGCGAGGGUCAAACGAACGCUGCUCUAGCGGUCGCAAUGCAGACCGAUCGGACAGAGCAGCUGGAAGAGAGGGCCACGUCCCCUCUCCUAGGAGAGCGUCGGACAAAGGUAGAACCUGGUGCUUCAGGCGUGAAGGCCUCAGCAAGUCGAGAUGGGAAGGGCCCUGAGGUGCACGCCUGCAGCUGGGCGGGUUGCGGCAAGGUGUUUUCAACGCCACGGGCGCGGAAUGGCCACCUCUCGAAGCACUUCAGGCCUUGCGCCAGCGCAAAAGAGAGUGGGGCCGGGAGGGGACAGGCUGAUCAGCGGCUCGGGGAAAACGCGGGGGCACCAAGGAGUGCUGCGCCAGUGGAAGGUAGGAAGCGAACGGGGAGUACUGCAGAAUGGUGUGAAAGAGAGGACAAAGCGAAGGGGGUCGCAGCAUUGACGAAGGAAGUGCAGGUGGGGCCCAGGCCGGGCCUUGUAGAGCCGACGGGGAGUGAUCCGGAGUCUGGAAGAGGCGAGCAGCGGGUGUUUGCAUGUGCGGCGUGCGGGGCCUCUCAAAAGUGCAGCCAGCAGCGGCAGCACCCAAGCCUGCCGGUAGCGGUGUGCCAGGAUUGCUCGCGGACGAUUGACUCCGCAGAUUAUGGUGGGAAGGACGUCCGGGGCUGGGAUCGGCUGUGCCAGGUGUGUGGCAUCGAGUCGCCCACCUCCGAGCGCCGCCGCUGCGAGAGCUGCUCCUGCGCUGCGUGCGACCGGUGCGUGGAGCGCCUCCUGGGGGGUCGGAUGCUCGCAGCGAUCCGGGGGGGUGCUCCGUGGCUGUGCUUCGCCUGUGACUCAGAACAACUAGAGGAGGCAAAAACGGAUCGAGGGGGCGUGUCGGAAGACGAGCUGGAGCCGGGGGCUGAGAGCUCCAAGGUUAACAAAGCCAGCGAAGCUGACGUCGUCUCAGUGUCGCAGCCGAACGGAGUUCUUAUGGAAGAGAAGGGUGCUCUUGGGAAGAGGUCACGGGAGGGCGAUGCGCACAUGGGGCCGGUGGAGGUUUCUGAGCCUUGGGGGUUCUGCCAGUGCGACAGCUGCGUGGAGCGGUACACGGGGAAGAAGGAUGCGCAAAGCCCUGCCACAAGGCCCCUCGUCAGCAGUCCUGGAACCAAAGCCCCUCCCAAAAAGAGCGGGACUCGGCCCUGGGCUGCCUACUCCCGAGUGGGCGCUCGUCUUGUCCACGCAGACAUCUCGGGGGGGAAGGAAAAGGUGCCGAUUCCGUUCACAAAUGACGUGGACGAUGACGUCAGCCCGCUCGAGAUGGACUACAUCACGGGCUUUCGGCUGCACCCAGACCUGGCCGACUUCCACGAGCGCUUCGCUCCGGCCGACGGCUGCUCCGGCUGCUGCCCGGACGGUGCGGACCAUCCGGACUCGCCGCUGAACCAGCACGUCCGGGACCUGGAGGCGUUUGAGGGGUACGCGCUGCGCACCGCGGAGGACGACCAGAGGUUUGAUUGGCAACGCGAGCGGAUGCGCGGCCGGCUGUUCUACGACGAGAACCGGCUGCUGCUGCUCCCGCCGGAGCUGCACCCCACCAUCAUCGAGUGCAACCCGCGGUGCCCGUGCUGGCCCGGCUGCCCCAACUCCACCCUCCAGCGGGGCGCGUCCGUCCACCUGGAGCUGUUCAAGACGGACAACGGACGCGGCUUCGGCGUCCGGACGCGGGAAGAUAUCCAGCGGGGUCGGCUGAUCGGACAGUACGUGGGGGAGGUGAUCACAAGCGAAGAGGCGAACAAGCGGAACAGCGUGUACCUGUUCAACAUGGACCACCACGUGCGCAGCGCGGAGCAGCAGGACGAGGUGUACGUCGUGGACGGGGGGCCCGCCUCCAGCAUCAUCCGCUACAUCAACCACAGUUGCGACCCCAACCUGGCUAUAUACAGCGUCUACACGGACACCCUCCACCCUGGGAAGCCCCUUCUGGCCCUAUACGCUAUCAAGGACAUCGUGGCUGGGACGGAGCUCGCCUAUGAUUACAAGUACGGAGAUCCCGUGCAAGCGAGCCCCGGGAGUACGGACGGCCACAUAGAGUGCAGGUGCGGGGCGAAGAACUGCCAGAAGUGGCUGCCCGACCCAACCGGGAUCAAGUCGGAGCAUCAAGAUUGAUGAUGGAAGCAGAGACGUUCCGUUCAUGACGGUUGCCACCUCGUGGCCUGAUUCGCAUUAGCGGACAUGUCAUAGAAAACGUCGAGGAGCCUGUUUGAAAUGAGCCUGCCGAAUGCGACAGCUUGCUUCCUCCGUUCAUUUGCCAGGGCGUGAUGGAAGUGCUUCAAGUGUCCCAUAACCCUUCACCUUAACCUCUUGUUCUUAUUAAGUAGGGCGCUGCCCAUGCCACUGUUAUUCUGAUCAUGUAAAUUUUCCAG